AAGUCCUGGUUGGCUGCCGCAACGGAAACUGUCAGAAAGACUUUCAUACCCGCAUUUGCGAUGCGUAGGUGGUUUUAGUCCUGCUGUAACUGUCCUGGAACUGAUGAUAAAUAAUCAUCAGAAUCAGAAUCAGAAUCAUGGAAGCUAAGUUAAAGAAGGAGUUGGGGACAACCAUGCUGAAAUCAUCUGGUCAUGCUGGAGGUGGAUGCAUCAGCGAGGGACAGAGUUAUCAUACUGACACUGGGAAAGUGUUUGUAAAGAUAAAUCACAAGAGUGAGGCCAAACUGAUGUUUGAUGGAGAAAUGGCCAGUCUGGAGGCUAUUGUAAAGACAGAAACCGUGAAAGUCCCCAAGCCCAUAAAGGUGAUUGAGCUUGACACAGGAGGCUCUGUAUUUGUGAUGGAACAUCUGGACAUGAACAGUCUUAGCAACAGGUACUCAAAACGGCUAGGAGAGAAAAUGGCAGAUCUGCAUCUUCACAACAAGAAACAACUGGAAAAAUUAAAUAAAGAGCAGCAGACAGUGGGAAAAGGAGCGGGGCAGUCAGAUGUGGCUGCUGUUGAAAAAUUUGGCUUCCAUGUAACUACAUGCUGUGGAUAUCUGCCACAGGACAAUCAAUGGCAGAGUGAUUGGGUUCCAUUCUACACCCAGCAGAGGCUACAGCACCAGCUUAACAUGGUGGAGAAAUCGUAUGGAGACAGGGAGACCAGAGAACUAUGGGCUGAGUUACAGCUGAAGAUCCCUCAGUUCUUCAAAGAUGUGGAGAUAGUCCCUGCUCUCCUACAUGGAGAUUUAUGGGGAGGAAACGUGGCAGAAUGUGCAGACGGCCCAGUCAUCUUCGAUCCUGCUUCCUUCUACGGCCACUCUGAGUUUGAGUUGGGUAUUGCCGGGAUGUUUGGUGGCUUCAAUAGUGCUUUUUACUCUGCAUACCACAGCAAGAUUCCCCAAGCACCAGGAUUUGCAAAGAGGAACCAGCUUUACCAACUCUUCCACUACCUGAAUCACUGGAACCACUUUGGUGGUGGUUACAAAGGUUCUUCCAUAAGAGUUAUGAAGACCCUGCUGAAAUAAACACACUCACAGGCACUCUUAGAAAGCAUUGCAGUCUUACAUUGAAGUAUUAUGCGAUUUUGCUUAUUUGACCAAAAACAGUGUGUGAAGACACUAAACAACACAUCUAACACUUUAAUGUCUUCUGUACUGUGCAGAAAAUACUGACCUAACAUAGAAAAAACAGUUGCAUCCUGCCAGCUCAUCUGACACUUUCCUGCUUCCUAAUAUUUAAAACAGAAUCUGCAAAUAAAUUCUGUAUUUUGCACAAGGUGUUACAGUGAAUUAAGUGUUUAUAGACAUAAAUUAAACAAAACUUGCAAAUCAGAAGUCUGUACUACACACCAAUGACUGAACUUAAAAAUUAUUGUUUUUUAUUUAUUUAUGUUAAUAUUGAGGAAUCCUUUAUAAGCAGGUA